CCAUCAUCCUCCAUGGUUCCCUUGGAUAUUGUAGCUUCGGUGCUUAGUUAUUGGGAUCGUGGAACGAUGCAGCCAUCCUUGUCCUGUGAACUUUGUCCCAGAACGCGGGUCAAGGUCGAUGUGAGACACAGAUUGGGUUGCCGCCGGGUUGCCGCCGGGACAUGAAUGGUACGCAAGUUAGAAGGCAACAACGUAGCUUGCGUGGGAGAGGAGCAUAGCUUUGGUUGCACAGUCCGCAUUCUCCGGCAAAAUUGAGGGCAACACAGAGAUGAUGCUGACGAGGGCUUCCCAAAUUGCUAGCCGCUGGUGCAAGGUGGUGGCUCGUGGUAAGCGAUCUGUGUUAGCGGUAGAGGUUCUCUGGGGCUGUUUGGUUGCUGCCCUCGUCGAGAGGUGCCUGAGCCUGAGCAAGCCGGAGAGGUGCCUGAGAGGUGUUUGGUUGCUACCUUGAGCACCUCUCAGGCUCAGGCUCAGGCGUCCGAUUUUGGACGCUUGAGACUCGCGUCUCUGAAGCGCUCCAUGCCUGGGUCAAUGCGGCGCUGCUUCCAUUGCUGCCUCCGUCGACGGCACAACGAGAGGUCGCUACUGCAUCACCACGCAGUUGCCUGAGUCUCCAUGAUGUCGCGACGACACAACGAGAGCUUGCGGAGGUGCCUGAGCCCGACGCUGUAGGGUGCUGCGUUGCUCGCCAAUGAUGACCCCACGACCAACCGCCCCAAAGGCAACCGCUGCCACCACCAAGAAGAAGAGGCCCCAACUCGUCCGGUCCGCCGCCACCACCAAGAAGCAACCCCAUCCAUCGGCGUCCUGGUCGCAAGCCUCCUCACCGGUGACGGCAGCUAUUGGAGUCAUUGAGAUCCAAAUCGUGCAGUUCCGUUUUGGUGCUCUCCGCCUCCUCUCUGGCCCAGCCUCGCCGCCGGCGUGCUCCUCCGAACAGGCACAAGAUAGCAAUCAAACAAGAAGGGGUUAUCCAUGCUUGAGCAGGCAGAUGCAUCGCACGUCUCAGGAAUGGUUCAGGCAGCUACUUUCAUCAGGCAUGGAGCCGAGGGCAGCAACCAAACAUGCCCUCUGUGCCUUAGUGGGAGAAGAGGGGGAAAGGCAGACGUGGGCAGGCGGCGGCGUGGCGACUUGUGCUUGAGUUCAGUCGUGGAGGGUUAGGGCAUGAUAAGUGAAUGUGGGCUUUGGGCUUUGGCAGUGGGAAGAGAGAAGGGAUUGUUCCAUCCUUGUUCGGUUAGGCUGGGCCAAAACAAUCCAUUGCCCUUUUUCUUUUUCUUCUUUUUUUUUAGUUUUCUGCAGCUUUUGUGUAGUUUAUCAAAUUUUUUUUUGUUUGGGCUGAGUGGGGUAGUGGCUCAAUUAUCCUCAUAUUCCUUCUUUUUUUACAUAUACGCGCUAUAUUUCCAACAUAUGUACUACAACCUAUUGUAGCAUCCCGGGUCAUCGUCCCAAAAAAUCUUGGUUCACGUUCCA